GAUACAGCAGAUGAAAUGAAAACGUCAUCUACUUGUACCGAGGCUCCUUUCAGUGAUGAUCUCCAAGCUAUCCGAAAUCGAGAGUUAUGCGACUACUCGCAAAAAAUCACUUACGAAAUGGCUCUGAGCGGGUCUUUUCCUCGGGCUGUCAGAGUAUAUGCGGACGGCAUAUACGACUUGUUCCACCAAGGUCAUGCCAGACAACUCCUGCAAGCGAAAAACGUAUUUCCUAACGUCUACCUCAUUGUGGGAGUUUGCAGUGAUGAGUUGACCCACAGCAAAAAAGGUCGAACUGUAAUGAAUGAAGAGGAGCGCUACGAAGCCUUAAGACAUUGCCGUUAUGUUGAUGAAAUAGUUCGAGAUGCUCCAUGGGAACUGAAUGAGGAAUACAUAGAAAAACACAAAAUUGACUUUAUAGCACACGAUGAUAUCCCUUAUGGAUCGGAUAGCAGUAACGACAUCUAUGCACCAUGGAAGGCGAAAGGAAUGUUCGUUGCUACUCAACGCACAGAGGGAGUGUCCACGUCAGACAUUGUGGCGCGCAUAGUCAGAGACUAUGAUAUUUACGUCAGAAGGAAUCUCGCGAGAGGAUACUCCGCCAAAGAUCUGAACAUCUCGUAUCUCAGCGAGAAGAAAAUCAGGUUGCAGAACAAAAUGCACGAGCUCAAGGACAGGGGCAAGAGAGUUAUGGAUACCAUCGGAGAGCGAAAAGACGACAUGAUCGCGAAGUGGGAAGAGAAGUCCAGAGAGUUUAUCGAGAAUUUUCUGCUGCUAUUCGGCAGAGAGAGGUUAUCGAAUAUUUGGAACGAGAGCAAAGGAAAAAUUCUCAACGCGCUUAGUCCCCCCUCGUCCCCCUUUCCGCCGUGCAGCCCGUCCUCCAGUCUUGGGGAUUUUGAUUUCUCGGAAGAUGGUCUUCCACCCAUUAAGUCGCCCAGAUACGAAACGCCGUCGCCUCCUUCUUCUUCUUCGAAGAACUACUACAGCAUGAAUGAUUAUAGCGAUGAAGACGAGGAUGAAGGUUUAGAAAAUGCGACAAAAAAAGAAGGAAAAGAUUGAGCAAGUCACUGUUGAUCCAACAAAAUCCUAGCGCUUUUUAGAGUGUACCGAAAUUUUGAAUUUGUUAUUUUAUAUGAGAGUAAAUUAUUUGAAUGGAUGAAUUGUUAUUUGACACAAUUUUGUUUAUUGUGUUCUACACGUGAUACAAUUAUUUAUUUAAUUUUUAUCAUACAUAUAUUUAUAUACUUAUAUAGCUUUUUGAAGUAUUAUAAAUUCUCACAUAGCUG